AUUCAAUCCAACACUGACCGAACUCUUCCCCAUUCGCCGCUCUUGCUUUCUUGUUCUCCAAUCUUCAAUCCCAUUUCUCAGCGAUCUCUUCUUCUUCUCCUCCAUCGUCCAUCUUGAAACCCUAGAAACUAAGCCAUGGCGUCGCAGGUGCAAUCGUUCGCGGACUUCCCCGAGGACGUGCAAUUGAGCAUCAUCUCCUUCCUCUUACCAGCGGAACUCUCGUCGUUCGCCUGUACCUCCCGUCGCUCGGCCUCCCUAUGCUCCUCCUCUGCCCUAUGGAAUGCGAUGCUUAACCGCCGAUGGGGAUCCAAGACCCUCGUCCGGCGGUGGACCGCCACCUCGGCUCUCCCCUUCCGUCGCCUCUACAAAGUUCUUGACGCAUGGGACGCCCUCCUUGGAUUCUGGCGCCGCAUUGGCCAGGGCACCGCCGCUGGCACUCCCCCGCUUGUCUUCUUUGAGUUUGGGACUUCCUUCAUUUCUGGCUCAUGCGUCUACCCAUCCCCGGAUGCUGGCAGCUAUGCCGUAGUCAAAAGCCCCUUUCUUUGGCUUGGCCUCUCCUCCCAUGGCGAACCUGUGAGCUUCCGGUUUGAAUUCCCUGAAGAUUCAUCCAAAUCGGCCACUGAUUCGGUGGUUUCGGAGCCUGAUUUGGUGCCUGUUAACGUGAGCUUCGUGGGUUCCAAGCACUUCGUUGUGGAGGAGAACCGGAGCUUCUACGCUGAAUCUCCUGAUACUGAGAUCCUGGGCACGUCUCCGCCGGACCAAUUGAUGUCAGAGAUCUAUCAGCACUUUGCUAAUCGAACGAGCCCUGGUGGAGAUAGGGCUUCAAGGAGGCAGAGAAAGAGGAGGGAAAGGGAGCGCCUUGGCAGGAUGAGAUGGGAGGCAGAGCAUUUCGUCAAAAUUGGCAGCUUUGGGCCAACUCCGUCGCGGCCUUUGCAGGGCCUUUGGAAGGGGAUUUGUGAGGAUAUGCGAUUGGAUUUUUUUCUUGUGACAUAUGAUGAUAUUGGAGGCAUAACUUGUCGGAGAGUUGGUGAUUCAGGGGAACCUUUCUCUAGUUAUUCCCCGGUAUUUUGGACUUCAAACACUACAUUUAUAGAACCCCCAUUUUCUAGAGAAGAACAAGAAAUAUAUGAAAGUCGUGAGCACAUUCGACCUGUGGCUAUGGAUCGGACUGAUAAACAUAUGGAGGUGGUUUCACGCAUUCUUUGUAUCAACUCUAGUUAUGAUUUGGUGCUUCCAGACCUGUCUGGUUCUUCUGGUGAUCCUCGGAAUGUGGAGGGCAGGAUAUGGGAGUAUGUGGAUGGGACUUUUGGAUUUGGAUUUCUGAGGAACAACUUUAUCAUAGACUUGAAGCAUAUCACUUUAAAUGGUAGGAUUCUUGAUACUGUUGAACAUUGUAGUAAUGUUUCUAGUUCAUGACCUUGUUGGAAAUUGUCUCUGUACAUAGGAAUAAAUGUUGUACCAUUGUUUAAUAAAAUAAUAAUUAAAAAAAAAAAUUCUAAGCCAGUUUUAGCAUGGUAUA